UUAUUUGUGUUAAACUAUCAAUAAUAAAAUAAACUUUGAAAAACCCUAAAUUAAACAGUCUCAUCAUUGAAUAUCUUUAAAUACAAUAAAAAUUUAAUAUAAAAAACGGUCAACUAGUGAAAUUUAAUUGAUUUAAAUCAUGGUUAAGUUUUUCAAAAAAACCUUCUGUGUAGUUUCUGUCGUAGCCAACCUUUCUUUUCUUCCCUUGUCGUUGGGAAGCGAUAUUCUACAUAGUUAUAAAGCAACAGAUCAAUUAGCUUUUGAUUUCAAAAAUUUAAAAUCAGUAAAUAAAACUGACGUAUUUUUACGUCGCGUUAAAAAACUCGACAAUUCUUUUGCCGGAGAAAAAUAUUCUGACAUCAAGGAUCCAGAUUAUGCAAAAGCGUCAAAGAUUUUCACUAGAUCCGCGACUCCUACAGCAGAUAUUGACAGCCAAGGCAUCAAAAAUAAACUUUUCGUAGACAAAACAAAACUGUCGGCCAUCGAAAAAUUAUGUAAUUCGAAUGGCGACUGUCAAAAAAACGAAAUUAAAUCUACUCGAAUGUUGAAUGUGAAAAAGUUUCCAUUAAAAGAUGAAAAAGUGUCAGAUGAUGAAGUGGAUUGUUCAAUGGAUAAAAUACAUCUUGAUGAGAAGGAAAAUGUAAGCUUCAGUGGAGCCGGUCAAGAAAUUAUUGAUGACAGUGAUAAGAGGCUUUACCCAACUGAAUUUAUUGAAGAAAAACCAGAGAUCAACUCAUCAAAAACAGAUUCAAAAUCAUUCAGCCGUAUGAAACGUUGGUUGCAAUCCAACAAUACGAACUCCAAUAGUACAAGUAACUCAAACAGUACGAACUCCAAUAGUACAAGUAACUCAAACAAUACGAACUCCAAUAAUACAAGUAACGCAAACAAUACAGACUCCAAUAAUACAAGUAACUCAAACAGUACGAACUCCAAUAAUACAAGUAACGCAAACAAUACAAACUCCAAUAAUACAAGUGACGCAAACAAUACAAACAACUCAACCGGUCCGGGUACAUCAAACAAUCAGAACAAUUCGAAUAAUCAGAAUAAUUCAAACAAUUCGAAUAAUCAGAAUAAUUCAAACAAUUCGAAUAAUCAGAAUAAUUCAAACAAUCAGAACAAUCAGAAUAAUUCAAACAAUCAGAACAAUCAGAAUAAUUCAAACAAUCAGAACAAUCAGAAUAAUUCAAACAAUCAGAAUAAUUCAAACAAUCAGAACAAUCAGAAUACUAACACCGGUUCAAAUAAUGAUGGCGGCAUGAGACCAAGCCCUGUGUUUUCAUUACCUCAGAAAAUUUUACGCCUUAAUCCUUUAACAUUAUUUACAGCAUGGAUACCAAGUCAAAGAGAUAUACAACAAUGGGAACAAGCUCUGACAACAUUAGAGGAAGAGAAAACAAUCGCGAAAUCUCGAUUUUUUAAAAAUUUUUCUUUAAGCCAAUUGUCUCUUUUGAACGAAAUUAUUCCCGCUGGACCUCUUUUAUCUCGAAUUGGCGUUGAUGGUCCUAUCAGUCCUCGUGUCGUGUCUUUUCUUAGAGCCGUAUCUCCAGGUCAUCUAGGUGUACUAAAUAGAUUGUUGCCUCCCGAUUUAUUAUAUGCUUUGGCUGAGGUAAAACGAGACGUUAAAGGGCCUAAAAACGAAUUGUUAGGUCGUAUUGCAUCAACCAAACUAAAAUUAUUAGGAAUUGAAGAAGUCAAUAACACAACAGGAUCUUUUAUGGAUAGAAUAUUGUUAGAAGAAUUCUCAAUUCAAGAGUUACAGCGUACUAUGAAUCUGCCAGAUAUUGUUGCGAAAAAGGUUUACAAUUUGUUGAACGAUUUUUUCGAGGGAGUAAUUACAGUUCCAGAAAUUUUCGGAAAGAUUCUUGCAGAUGACACCUUAAGAAAUGAUGUUGGGCCUCGUAUUACUCGACUGGAUAUUCCGUCUAUAACUCAAGAAGAAACCCUUAUUCGUUUUGAGACGCUAAAAUUAUUUUUAGAGACUUAUUAUAAUGAAAACGGUCAAGAAAGUUAAGCAAUGACUAUUUAGUAUAUACAAAAGUACAUUAAAAAUAUAUAACCUUAUGAUUGAAAUAAAGACAUAAAUUUUUUUUUUAAAUUUUUUAAACGAAUUUUAUCUUACGUUUGUA